UUGAGGACUACAAAAAAGAAUUUGAGUUGAUGUUAAAACAACAAGAAAAAGUUUUUAUUGAUAUUAUUAGUGGAAACUUGAAAAUAUUUAAUGGCAGGUUGGAAAAAGUAGAAAAAGACAUCGAAGAAUUGAAACUUAGUUUAAACUUUCAUGAACAACUAAUUGAGGAAAAAGUUAAGAAAGCAAAGGUUUGCAGUAAAGAAGACAAUUCAGAAAGUAUACAAAAAAAGUUAAGGGAAUUGGAAGAUCGAUCUAGACGUAACAAUUUAAGAGUAGAUGGAAUUGAUGAAAAUGAAGGUGAAAGCUGGGAAGAAAGCGAAAUGAAGAUUUUAGAGAUAAAGUCGCGAUCUUGAGCAAGUCGAGUAAGCUAAAAGGGAAAAACAUUUAUAUAAACGAAGACUUCUGUUUUGAAACAACACAAAUCAGAAAAAAUUUGAGGGAGAAAAUGAAAAUUGAACGAGCCGCUGGUAAGUUUGCCUUCAUAUCUUAUGAUAAAUUGAUAAUUCGCGAUUGGGUUGCAAAGAAAAGCAAAAAUUUAUCUUCAUAAUAUUUGGCAUUAAUUAACGCAAUUUUAUUUUUAUUAUUACUAUGCAUAUUUAAUUAAACUGUUUUAAAAAUGGAGGAAAAUGUCAUAUUUAAAUCUUCUAAUGAAAAUGACAUCAU